GGCGGAGGCUGGCUGGCUGGAGGCGCCUCCCGGUCGGGCGACGGGCGAGCCGCUGCGCAAAGGCCGGGCUGGAGGAGGAUGGCGGAGCCGGCGACACCGGUGCAGAUCCGGGUGGCCGAAGCGGAGGACGACGAGCCGCGGUGGCCGAGCCCGCCGGGCGGCGGCAGCUGCAGCGAAGACGAUUCCGGACGGGGCGGCGGCGGUUUUGGAGGGGGCAAAUCCAGCGAGAACGAUGAUUCGUCCCCUGCUUGGAAGCCCCCCGAGCGUGACCUGAUCCUGAAGCUGGUGGCUCAGGUAGAAUAUUAUUUCUCUGAUGACAACCUUGAAAGAGACGCUUUUCUCCUGAAGCACAUCCGGCGGAACAAGAUGGGGUACAUCAGUGUGAAGUUGCUGACCUCGUUCAAAAAGAUCAAACAGCUGACUCGGGACUGGAGAACCACAGCUUAUGCUCUGAAAUAUUCCAACCUUCUUGAGAUGAACGAAGAUGGACGCAAAGUUCGCCGAAGCGCCCCAGUUCCUGUGUUCCCGAGCGAAAACCUCCCCAGUCGAAUGAUUCUGAUCUAUGACAUCUCUCCAACUCAAGAGCGACACCCUUUGGAUGAAGGACAGGAGAACGGGGAAGUCCGGGAGAAGGUCAUGGAGCAUCUCCUCAAGGCCUUCAUCCAGUUUGGGGUCAUCUUGUCCGUCCGUAUUCUUAAACCCGGGAGGGACCUUCCGCCGGAUAUCAAGAAGUUCAGUGGCCGUUACAGCCCGGUGGGAACUCAAGAAUGCGCCAUCAUCGAGUUUGAAGAAGUUGAAGCUGCCGUUAAAGCCCACGAGUCGUUCUGCAUCACGGACAAAGCCGCCAUGAAGGUCAUCCUCAUUGGGACGAAGCCUCCAAAGAAGAAAGUCCUGAAGGAGAAGAACCAGGAGAAAACCUCUGCCAAGGAUCCGGCCAAGAGCCAUUCGAUGAACAGGAGACUUGAGGAGCUUCAAGAUGUGGAAGAAAACUUGUCAGCCAACAGCUCUUCAGAUCCAGAGAGCGACCCGGCAUCUCCCAUGCCGAGGAGAAGCAGCUCCGCCAACAGACUAAGUCCUUCAGCCUACCCAAACCAUCACCUGAGCCCAAACGUGUCUCCAAGGUCGAGUCCCUGGAACAGCCCUUCCUCCCUGCGCAAAAUGUCCAGGAUGUCUCCGUUGGCAGAGGAUGGAAGAGCCUUUCUCAGCACCAGUCCCGAGACAUCCAAACGGUCAGCUGAUUACUCUUCAGACAGUAGCAUCACUCCUUCAAGUAGCCCCUGGGUUCAGCGCCGACGGCAAGCUCGGACUCUGGCCCAGGAGAAGACCUCUAUGGGCAGCCUGGAGCCCAGCAUCAAAAUAGCUGCCCCUACUGGACUGCCCGUCGGGGUCUUGCGUUUGCCCAGGGGGCCGGAUGGAACGAAGGGCUUUCAUAACAGUCACGAAAGGCGCAACAUUGCGAAGAAUGUAUAAAUUCUGCUUUGGAGCGGUCCUUGGCGCUCUCUUAAGUUUGGUUGCUGUGGCAGCCCUGAUGAUGUUGGGUCAUGAAACAUCUGCAAGAAAACCACCAAGCUCAGAAAGCACUAAAGAUCCCACAGUUGUCCUCCUUUUUCUUCUUCUUCUUCCUCUUCUGCUUCUUCUUCUUUCUCCUCCUCCUCCUCCUCCUCCUCCUCUCCCUUCUAGUUCUGAUGACGUUACCUAGUUGGGUCAUGAAACGUCUUCAAGAAAACCACCAAGCUCAGAGAGCACCAAAGACCCCUCAUUUCAUCCCUGAGCUAUGAAUAUUCUCCUUUAUUAAGUUCUGUUUUUAUUCAGUGUGGACACGUCGCAUUGUCUCCAAUCGAUAACUCAUUGCAUGAAGGAUACAGGCAGUCCUUGACUUAUGGCCAUUCAUUUAGCGACCGUUUGAAGUUAUGAUGGUGCAGGAAAAAAAUGACUUGUGAACAGUCCUCGCAGUUACAACUGUUGCAGUGUCCCACGGUCACAUAAUUGAGAUUUGAGCACUUGUGGCACCCUGGGGUCAUUGGGGAACUUUCCUGGGGGCUUCCAACAAGCCAGGUCACGGGGGAAGCCAGAUGCACAUAAUGACCAUGUGAUUCGCUUAAUGACGAUGACAAAGAUCAUAGUCAUGCAUGUUCAACAUGAUGAUUCGCUUAAUAACUGCAUCACUUCGCAACAGAAGUUUCAGUCCCAUUUUCAGUCGUAAGAUGAGGACUACCUAUAUAUCCUCAAAGCUCUUGGCACAAGAAUAGUCCUUUUAUUUUUCAACAAAAGCUUUUGUAUUUCCGCUGCGUCACAGGUGUUUGUCUGAAACUGCCUUGUCUGCCACUUAAAAGUUGAAUUAUUACUGCUAUUUUUAACGCCAGCCGUUGACAAGCCUUUUCAGCUCUUUUUUUUAUCAAUGUCUGUUUUGAAAAACAUGGGUGUGCAAAUAUAUUUAGCCAGGGCAGUCACCCGAGUUGGCUUUGCUCCACCAGCGAUGGUUGACGUCUUUUGCUCUUGUUCUCUUCCGUUGCGUUUAAGAAGCCCGUGAAGGUCUUAGGGUUUUGUCUCGUGUCGGGAAGACGCUUCCUAGUCCAGAACCCAGGCAGGGACGGCAUUUUGGGUGGCAUGAAAUAAACCACACCUGCGUUCAGUGGUGGGAUUCAAGUCAUUUAACAACCGGUUCUCUCCCUUAAUGAUUUCUUCCAACAACCAGUUUGCCAAACUGCUCAGAAAGUUAACAACUGUUAACUUGAGUUAAGUUCUCCUGAAGUGGUGCGAACCGGCUGAAUCCCACCACUGCCUGCGCUUCAAACCAUCUCUCAAUUUGGAGGGGCUGAAGUCACUGAUUCUGGUAGUGGAGCCGAGAGGUUCAUGAUUGAUAGAUAUUAGCUUUCUUUAAAAAGAGACAAAAUGAGCAGAGAAGGUUGGCUCAGGGUGGGAGAAACAUCCCCCAUUCCAUACCUGGUGGGUGGUUUUAUUA